GGUUUAUGUUGCCAGCAACUGGAUACCGAGCUGCCGCUUGUUCAAGAGCGAGCACUUGCUGUCGGCGGUCGGGCUAAGCCGGACGUUUCCCAGGGGUAAUCGGCCGAGGGGGUUGUUUAACUUGUUUUUGUUUGUACUUGCAAUUUCUCAUAUUUGGUUGUUUUUGCAGCUUGCUCUUUGACACGUCUCCUCGAAUCCGAUCCCGAAAUGGCCGAGAAGUUGAAUUAUGCGGCAAUGAGGGCGGCCCAACUUAAGGCUGAGUUGAAGGCAAAAAAGAUCGGAGUCCCCAACCCUCCAAAGGUAUGUCUCGGGUUUUGGCCGAGUACUCUAUCUUGCUGGUUCCGAGCUGAUCUUGAAACUUUGCAGGAUCCGUCGAAGCCCAAGGCUUCGAAGAAAAGGAAGGAGCGGGAUCCGCACAAGGUGGCCAAGUCCGAGAAGGCGCUGGCCAAGGCUCAGGAUGAAAAGGCUAAAAAAGCCAAGUCCGUUGAAGUCAAUAGUCCCCGACCUGAGGACCGGGUGGAGAAAUCCGAGGGGACUCAUAUUUCUGUCCACUCGGAGGAUUUCCGACCUGUUCAGAGUCCUCAGUAUACGCCGGCCGCUCGCGGCCCCCAUGACGACCCGGAGGAGCUUAGCCUCGCCUUGGCUAGGCCUUUUGGCGAACUGGAUGCUCAAGGACUCGACACUCGCUGGACCAACGCUGUUGAGUGCCUGUACAGCGCUUCCACCGACCGGGAGUACAUCGCUCAGACCAGUGGUCCGGAGGAGACCAAUGACUUGUUUCGCAGUUGGGCUGAGUUCUCCGCUCGGCUGGUCAAUGUGGCCAGGAACAAGGUCCAUUUGGCCGAGAAGGUUUCUGACUUGGAAGCCAAGGGCAAGAAACACUUCACUGCGCUCCACGCCGCCGAGCAGGCUCAGAGGGUAGCCGAGGCGGAUCUCGCCCACGCCAAGAGGUGUAUUGCUCGGGAUCAAGAUGAUUUCAAGGCCGAGCGGGCGCAAUGGGAUGAGGCCAAGCGGAAACUCAUCAAGGAAAAGGAUGAGGCUGUGAUCGCCAAGGUUGCUGCCGAGGCCCAGGUAGCAGAAGCGCAGACUAAAAUUACUGAUCUGCAAUUCAAGUUGGCCAAGCUGGAAAAGGCCUCGAAAUCCGAAGAUGAGUGGUUCGCUGGCUGGAAGGAGACCAAAGCCUGCGAAUUAUUUGUCAACGAGGUCGGAUCUACCGCCCAACAGAUGGGGGUAGAUGGCGCCCUUAAGAGGAUGAAAGCGGCCCUUGAGAGAUCGCAUCCCUCUCUUCCUUGGUCCGAGGUCAUGGGGAGCUACGAAGCUCUUCUGAAGGAGGAGGAUCAGGCCAUCCUCUCGGAACUGCAUAUUGGCCUCUCGGAUGAUGACGAUGAUGGUGAUGAAGAGGAUGUAGAGGAAGAGGCGGUGGCUGACAAGGGACAAGACCAAGGGGUGGCCAGGUCCGAGGAGCAUCAUGGGAGCACCAAUGAUCCGACCGACGCCCCUGCAGCUUAGGCUUUGUUUUGACUUGUAUUUUGUUUUUCUUUUUGCUCUUAGCCUUGGUAGUACCAAGGUUUUAGGAUGUAAUUUUUUCUAACUUUAAUGAAAAGUCUUCUUUAUUUUAUCCGAGCACCUUUUAUUAUUGUCAAUUGCAAUUUUUGCUUCAAAGAUUCUCGAACUGGUUAAGUUUUGCUUGAUAAUACUGGUCGGGUGUAACUCGAACAGCUUGCAAUCGAAACGUCAAGCCUCGCAGAAUAUAGUUGGUCGGACUAAAUUCGAGCACUUAAAACUGGUUAAGUUUAAUUCGAACAAUUGAAAUGACUGGUUAAGUCUUUUUAUUAACUUAGAAAGAUUGACUGGUUAAGUCUUACAAACCGAGUGACUACAUGCCACGUCUGGCCAGUAUCUCGGCUAUAUGCCCCUAAUUGCAAUUGACUAUACAUAGUAUUUCUUUAGAUUGUCUAGAUUCCAUGGCCGAGCAAGUGGUAUGCCUUCAGGAUUCUCGAGCUGAAAUGUACCAGGCUUGAUGACCUUGGUUACCUUGUAAGGACCAUCCCAGUUGGCCCCUAGCUUGCCUUUUAGAUGUGAUAGCCCUGUAGCUUCGACUUUCCUGACCACCCAAUCUCCGAGCUGGAUCGGCCUUGACUUGACUCGACGUUGAACUGCCGAGUGACUCUUUGCUUGUAGCGGAUCGACCUUAACAAUGAGUUGCCCCUUGUU